CUUCGGUCAUAUCCGUCAUAUCCUUCUGCCUCACAAUCGCCGUGUCCUCGUCGUAGAAAACGGAGCCAACCAACCCAUCCACUGAUUUACCUAUCCUGAAGUCCACAAGUAUCGAAAAACAAAGACGCAGUCAGCUGAUGGUCACCCGUUCAUGGCCAAGGACUCUUGCCAAUGUUCUCGGGUUGAAUCGGUUGAAUCGACCGUCCGUCCGUCCGUCCGUCCGGUCCCUCCGGUCCCUCCGGUCCCUCCGCACUGAUCGGGUGGUAGUAGCCUUGAUUCCACCCACAUGAUUCGGAAGAGUGUUAUGCUCUCUCUGAACCCGGGAAAAUGCCUCGCCUCAACGCUCUCGCCCAAAAUUGAUCCAGUCCAAGAAAAGUUACUAGAGGAGCGAUGCAUCCUUGUGGACGAGAAUGAUCGCAAAAUUGGAUCGGAUUCCAAACGAAAUUGCCACACCCUCGAUGAUCGAGGCCAAAGUCCGCUUCAUAGAGCCUUUUCUUUAUUCAUUUUCAACGAGAACAACGAAAUACUAAUGCAACAAAGAUCCGAUGACAAGAUAACUUUUCCCGGGUUAUGGACCAACACGUGUUGUAGCCACCCCUUGGCCGUGCCCGAAGAACAAGAUGUCAGUAAUGAAGCUAUUGGUGUUCGGCGGGCUGCACAACGAAGAGUUUUGAGCGAACUGGGGAUUCUACCCGAACAUUGUCCCAUUGAAAAGAUGGUGUACUUGACUCGCAUCCUGUAUUCGGCUCCUUCACAAUGUGGACAAUGGGGCGAGAACGAGCUCGAUUAUAUUUUGUUCUUGAAGGCGAAAACUCUGAAGUUUGAGCCCAAUCCGAAUGAAGUGAAAGAAGUGAUGUUUAUGAAAGCCAAUCAGUUAGACGAUUUUAUUCAGGAUCGGCCGAACCUCACCCCUUGGUUUGCUCUGUUGGCACGAUCUUUCUUACCGAAAUGGUGGGCUGGUGUAGAAACCAUCGAGCAAUUCAAAGACCAUACCAGUAUACACAAGUUCCCAUCGAAAAGCUAGCUGUUACUUUUGCAUAUUAUACCUUUGUACAGUACAUUCUCCAAUAAAAGUCUAGUAUUUUCAAGCCAUAA